AUGUCUGCCCUCCGCUCCUCGCGCAUGCUUGCGCGCACCCUCUACAGCACGCCUGCCGCGGCGAGCCGCAUGGCCAUGGUGCCCUCCCUCUCGUCGCGUGCAUUCUCCGCCACCCGCUUCUCUGCCGACGAGACCAAGCCUGCAAAGCCCGAAAAGGACAUGACUCCUUACCCCGUCGAGAACGCACCCCAGUUCCCUGCUCCCACCGACCCAUUCCACCCGGAACCGGCCAAGGAGAGCAAGAAGGAGUACUCUGAGACACAAAAGGCGCUCGUUCGCGGUGCGGCCAAGAUGCUGGGUUACAACUCGAAGCAGUCGACGGCUAUUCGCGAGUCGGGCCGCAUGAUGCGUGGUGUUGUGGACGCUGUUGAGGCGGACAGGAGCUUUUGGUAUGACACCUGUGGUCUCCCACCCACGUACCAGUCGUUCUUCCAGAUCCACCUCCUCUACGUCCUCCUCCUGGUCACCCGCCUGCGCGCACUGAGGUCGUCGCGUCCUGACGCCUCGCCCAUUCCCGAGUCUAUCGAGCCCGGAACCCCUCAUGACGCUCCGUCCCAGACCCACCCCAAGGGUACUCCCAUCCUCGGCAAGGCUGCUCACGAGGCGUACCCGACCGAGCUGCUGAGCCACUUCUUUGAGCUUGCCGAGAGCCAGAUGCGCAUGGUCCUUGGCCGCGGAGAGCGUGAGAGCGUCAUUCGCAAAUACAUGGAGGAGAUGGGCGAGCAGUGGAAGGGUGCCGGUACCGGUCUCGACUAUGUCCUUGGCCUGGGGAUCAGCUCUGACCCGGCCGACGUCGCACGUGCCGACGCUGAGAUGGCCUCGUGGGUCUGGCGCAACCUCUUUUCGUCGCGCGGCCUGUCGCCCACUCCCGUCCCCCAGGCGAUUGACGAGCUUGCGUUUGUCGAGCAGCUCGAGGCGGUCGUCCGCUGGGUCCGCCAGGAGCUGUAUCGUCUCGACUCUGUCAGCGACGAGGAUGUCCUGGACGGCAACAUUGGCAACUGGGACAGCCUGAGCGAGGACGCAGACAAGAGCUCGUAA